AUGGAGGCCACAGCUCGCAGGUCGUCUGGUCGUUUCCCAUCCUUUGCUUCGCUCGCUUUCCUAGGCUUCCUGUGUUUCUUCUUGUUUCUGUCUCCAGUCGACAGAGGAUCUUCUUUGGGCCACCUUCACCGUCGCAACACCCUGAUAUAUGGCCGACAAGAGGCUGAGCCAAUACCAGAGUCAGAGUCUGUGCUGCCGUCCUCUACUCUCCCAGUUGAGGAGUCUUCUUCGUUGUCGACUAUCCCAUCGAGUAGCAUCGUCCCUAGCAGCAGCACAGACAUCCCUUCUUCGUCCAUCACACCCUCCUCCUCGUCUCCCUCACCAAGCUCUUUAACGUUCUCCGAGUCCGAGCCGCCUUCAAGCGUUUCAUCACCAUCACCAUCAUCGAGCCCGUCUUCAAGCAGCUCCAGUGCACCAUCAACUUCGUCACCCCCGGAGUCCAGUACAAGCGAGUCUUUGAGUGCCAGCGCAGCCUCGAGCUCCACUAUCUCGAGCUCUCAAUCACCAAUGCGAACACAGGCCCAGACGACGCUGAUCGUGACUGAUAACCUACUCCGAAGCACAAGGCCUGUUGCACCCACACCCACCGCCCCGGAUGAUGAGAACGACCAAGAAGAAACUUCACCCGCAGACCAAGUAGGAGCGGCCUCGAAAGGGUUUUGGGGUAAUAAAGGGGCGGUAGCUGCAACAUUUACGAUUGUAUCGCUGUUGGCCAUCGGAAUUGCUGCGCUACUCAUCAUCCCGUACUUAAAGAGGCGCAGUAGAGCACGGGAAUUACGCCUCCACCGAGAGCUCUUCGGAGAAAAGCACGGCGAUAGUGGGUUUAGUCCAUCCCCGAGUGGAAGCGUUCACGAGACAAGUUCCAAUGGCGCAUCGCGUCCGGACGUUGUCUACGAUGACUCACGGUUCAGAGGAGCAACGGUUACUUCAGCGUACCCCUUCGCGGGGAGCAGCAACGCUAUCUCCUCUCAGCAGCAGCCAAGUCAAGAGCAGAAUAAUGUCGCGCCCUCCAGCUAUAAGCCACCUAAUUCCGCUCAUUCACACACUUCCGGCCAAACCGCGUAUUGGACCCCCAACGCCUCCCAGCAAUCCCUUUCGACCCAGCAACACCAUGGGUCGACAGCAGUGGCGUCUUCUUCUCACGGGAACCAGUAUAUGCUCCCUUCACAGGCACAAGCCCAGGCGCAAGCACAAGCGCAAGCGCAAACGGCUGUGGACGUUGUGAACUACGCGGCUGCGGCGGCGAAUACUAACUAUUACGGUCUAACCAGUUACGACACUGCGAAUUACGCUACCAACCAAGCAACGCACUACAACUACAACUACCCCGCUCAAAAUGGCUACUAUGACCCUGCAACAUAUGCUGGAGCUACCUAUGACACCUCCAACUACAAUGCGCACUAUACGACCUCUACUACUGCUGCUCCCAGUAGUCAACCGACCACCACAGCUACCUCGGCACCAUCCGCGUUCAAGAACCCUGUUGUUCGAGAGUCAUAUGAUUCAUUCUUUGGCUACAACAAUGGUGCUCAACCGCAACCAUCUGCUGGACAGGUAGCAUAA